UUUUCAUUUUCUCCCUAUAGGUACGUCUGUUUAUCCAUUGUUUACGUAGGAAUGUAACACAAUAGUUCUACACACUUACAGAUUUAUAAGAAUUCUAUAUUUUUCUAGAAGUACGUAAACAAGCCAGCGGUAUAGGAGACCUGUUGUUUACCGACGUUUCAGGACGUCUGCAGUAUACUACAGGCCACAGGCACAUAUCGUCGGAGGAUUGUAGUCAUCGCUCUCACUCUGAGCGUGAACACGGAGAGAAGUGAAUGUGUUGCUCUGGUUCCUAUGGUGGAUUAUGACUGUGUUGAUUCCUACGUGUGUACAGUACAGGGAUAUAGACUGCACAAGGAUUUAUCUUCAUAAACCAAGAUCGUUAACAUCACCAGCCACGAUCAACAAGUGCCAGAUUGGUUUUCACGUUUUGUUCUCAUCUUAACCACGUGACCUGGAAUCAUACCAAGAUGUGGCGUAAUAAGCGGGAAAACAUUCCUGUGACCGCGAUAGUCAGCUCCUCGCGCCAUACUCGUUUGUAAAGGGAGUAUAUUUUCGUAUUUUGUGGAACCCUGUUUGAGUAACACAUGUGUGUGUAUUGUGUCAAAGCUCAGAAUCUAAAGUGCAGGAGCAUUUAAUUUAUCUUAAGUCGACCAGGAUACUGCAACAUUUAUUAGGAGUGGUUGUUUUUCGUGACGUCACACUUCCUUUACAAUAGGAAAUCAAAUUAGUGCAUAAACCACGUGGAGGAUUUUUAUAUAUCUGAAGGAUAACCACAGUUUUAUCCCCACACAUCAUUAAAUUGUGAAAUAUGAAAUUACCAUGUGUAUUGAGAAUUGUAAAGUGUAUUCUUUGGAAUAAACACACUAAUUAACAUGUCUGAGAAGGAUGCAUUUCAAAUUUAAAGAUGGUCUAUUUGUAAUCUGAAGGCAGAUCUACAAAAGGUUGUGUGCGUACAACUAUUUUACAGUAAACUUUUCUAUUUUGAGGUUUUUAUCGAUGGCACAUACUGCAACAAUGCCGACUAAAAAUGACGUCAUGUGCGAUUCGUUUGAGCGGGAAAAUCCCUACUGUACGACAGAGGACAUUAUAAGGUUACGGAACAGUGGUCAGGUCAAGGAAGGAAUUAAACAUUUAAAGGAAAAAUAUGAUUCUGUGGCUAAAUUCGGGCCUCAAACAACAUCGAAUGGAACCGCAACAGAAGACCAGUUGGUUAAAAGGCGGGAAAACCCUACCAUUGAAGUAUCCGAACCGGCCCAAUCGUCCUCAUCACAGGGCUCGAGCUACCGACCGGUGAGUUUUACAGAAGGCGUCACGGAACAGGAUAUUCUACAAGUGGAUACGUUCUUCAAAAGUCAUAAAACUGAUGUGAUUGUUUGCAAUUGUCUUGCCAAUUUAUAUUUCGGAAAAGUCAUGGGUGGAAAAGAUCAUUGGAAAUUCGCCAUGACCGGAAUUCCAGUGCUUGUACUUGAUACUGGUGAGCACCACCGGAAGCGGAGAUUACAGAUUGUGCUGUCCGAAAAAGGCAGCGGAUUUAUUUUGUGGAAAAAUAAGAUAGACCAUUUGUCGAAUUAUUCCGCGUCUCAUAUUAACUUCCACACUCUCCAUCUUAUGACCGACCAUACACGGCUGGCGGGACUCAGUUUCGAUGACGGAAGCGCGGCAACGGAAUUCUUUAACGCGCUCUCAAAGCUGACGUCUGAUCCGAAUGACGAACUUUUCAAUAUCAGCAAGUCAAAGAAAAAGAAGAAGUCGCAAAAAAGUAAGCAAAAGUUUAAAGCUCCAAAGAAAACUGAGAUUUCACAGCCGUGCUGCUUCGUACAUGUGACAAAGCUUGAGAAACCAUUGAACGAACUUUCGUUGGUUUCCGGCCCGAUGGGUUUCGAACAUUCUUCGAAAUCCCCCGAAGAUGAUCGAGAUGAUAAUGAAAUGUCUAGUCGAGUUGGUAGCAAACUAACGCUGACGAGUGAGAGUACAAGUUCCGGUAUAUCGGAGGACAUCCGGUCAAAUGACCAAUGACACUCCGUGUAACAUUGUUAAUUGAAUGUUUGAAAUAGACGUCUGUUAUUGGAGUUAACAUGUUUCUGGUGCUAAUUUUAGUCGCGUCACUGCGAUGAUUGCUGCGUAUAGUCCAAAACGAAGAACGUUUCAGUGACUUAUGCUAAUGAUUGGCGGUUAUAAACUUAGAUAUUUUCCCAUUUUCCCUAUAAAUAACAGCCCAGUUUUGAACAAGCCUUGUACAUGCCACUCUUUGAUAGACUGUUAUGGCCAAAAGUCAUACCAUGUGUACAAUACUUAUAUGAUCACAUAAACAAUGCAAUAUUACUGCAAAUCUCUUAUCUUUGGUGAGCAAUUAAAUUUCGGGGGAAAAGGAAGAGCACACAUUAGUUUGUAUAAAUGUAAUUAAAAGAUAUCAAGUAAUAUAAUCAUAACAACGUACUUAAAUUGAAACCAAACAUCACUGCGUAGAUAGUUUAUCAAGUUAAUACGAUAUGUUCAUGUAACAAUGAAAAUAAAUGACUCGUGGAAAGUAAAAGAUUUGCAGUAAGUUACCUGAUAUAAUACUGAUAUUAAUACAUAUUCAGCUUUCGCAUUUCAGCGUUAUUUUCUGUAAUCAUUAAUGCAUGUGUAGCGAAGUUGGUCUGGGUCGAUCGCCGGUGACAAGUGGAUUAGUUGGUUUGUAGAACGUCUGGGCGUUGCUUUUUCCCUUCCCCUUUCCAAUUUUGCGUCUCCCUAAAUAUACCCAUGGAUUGGUACAGAGUCACGUGCUUCUUCGGAGUCAAAUACGUUGCUGAGAGAGGAAGAAAUUUAGCGGAACCGACUGGGUCGAUCAAAUGCCUAUACAGUUUCCGUCUAAAGUUUGGAGGUUCCGCAUAUGAAUCCCAGUCUGGCCUUUUUUCCCUUUGCUUUGAUUUAUGAAUGGAAGUGGAAGGAAAACAUGUAGUUAUUGAGGGAGGCACUAAAAAUUUGUAUUAAUCUGAUUAAAACCAGAUAUUUUAUUCCACUCCGAUACUCUACUUUCCAGUCAAAGGGGCGUUGUGAGUCGGGAGUGGAAUAAACUACAUGGUUUCAGUCAGAUUGUGUCGCUAUUGAGUUAACUACUAUAUGUAUAAUAACUCACUGACGACAUACUGUCUCAGGCGGUUACAAUAAGAAAAACAUUAAACGUAGUUUCAGGAAGUUGUAGUAAAAAACAAAUUAACUAUGUCCUCACAAACAUUUCCUUAACAAGUAGGAAUCGGAUAAGAACUGACCUCGUACUUUUACUGGGAACAUUGAAACUCUGCUUUGGCUUGUAAAAUUCCUCUGCAAUAAAUAUUGAAUUUAACAGACAUGUCUAAUUGAAUCUGUGCCAAAAUAGAAUUUUCUUCAGAAAAAAAUGGGGCUACUUGGAAAACCAAGAGCUGUUUGUCUGUGAUGGUGCACAGGGUAUAGGGGCGUGCUUGUACUCGCGUUCCCUCAGGUAGUCGUAACGGGGAACCAUCAAAAAUCAACAUACCUGCAUAUACAUCAUACAUACCUAUAUAUACCUGCAUAGUCACUUACUCGUCUGUAUCAAAGGAUGUUUAAUGUGAAAGGGUCUUUCAGAAAGUAACAUCGUUUGUUGUAGAAAACUUAAAAGGUAACUUUAAUUAAGAUAUUUGGUAUACAAGAUAUCAGAUUUGAUAAAAAAAAAAAGAUCUAGUGGCUAUUCGAUCGGAAAUGAUUUACUUAUAUCAAAGACGUGCACUUGUUCCGUAUGUGUAUAAUUCUUUGGUACGUGUUUUACCUAUUACACGGAGAAGUGGAUUGGAGAUGCGCGAGUAUGUAUACAAAGCUGUUUGAUAGCUGUUUGAACCCGAAGUAUGUAGUCUAAACAAAGUUACGGCUAAACCUUAAAAUAGUGGGUAUGGAAGUCUGGGAAGUGUAACUGCCGGGACAUGCUCAAAACCCGAUCAUGUACGGAAUGGAACAGAAUUUCCGGAAACAUUGAUUUUGGCUCACAGACGCUUUUUGUUUAGAAAGCUGCAAAUGAAAUGCAUUAAGGACGGUUUACGCAGACAGUAAGCAUAGCCUACGUCCUCUUUAGACCUGAUAUACUCGCCACUAUACAGGAACUGAAACCUAGGACUUACAAACAAAUAAUUAGAUGUUGAUCUCCUUAAAAAAGAAGUUAUACAGAGCAACAAAGUCAUAGAGCCCAGACACGUUAAUGAAACUAUAAUGAGUACAAAUCGAAUAGUUAUACGUUCUUAUGACAAGUGUACUAUAAUGCUUUAGCUCAAAUUUUCCUGGUAUUUCAAUAAAAGUACAAUACAAUUGUAUCGCUGACUUCGUGUCCUAACAAAAAAGAUAUUGCUUUUGACUCACAAUAAGGAAACUUCAGAGUUACUGUAACGCCACAAGGAACAAUGUCCAUUGUUCGUUAUUUUUUCACACCAAAUUUUGAUUCGUCGGUUCAGUGUGAAAAUAGCAAAUUGUACCACCGAAAUACCAAACUUUUAUUUUCAGUUUGAAACCGAAUAUAAAUGUAGUAAUCGCUACGUCCUACCUUAGUUCGGUAAAGCACGUGCUGUGUAUUGUUCUGAGAUGGUAUGUUUAUAAUGUUAAGUAAUCAGUGGCAUUCAAUCCUACAACAGGAUGCAGGAAGAACUGACUUCAUUGAUCAUAACUGUUUUGUGACGAGCCACACACGAACAGUCGGUAGCAGGCAUUCCUAUUUUACACAGCAAGACACUCUUGUUGUCGUUGUAAAAACAUACCGAAUCCAACCCUAACCCUGGUAGUUUUGACAUGCUCUUUAGUUUUAUUUAAUUAUUUAAUGCCGUUUGCAUGUCUUCAGACGUCAUAUGGCAUUGAAAAGAAUACCUCUAGAGGUUAUAAAACAUUGGGUUGGUAAACUGAUUAUUUAAAGAGCACACACAGUUAUGACCGGUAAAGAAUUAUUACAUCUGGAGAAAAGUAGAAAAAAGGGAACAUGGCGUGGAACAUCUCAAUGGUAAACAAAUCUAGGAUGUUAUUCCGAGAUUUGAACCAAGAUUGGACGAGACAGGAACACUGGCAGAGAAUAUUGAUGUUUGCCUAUCUCAGAUGUCUAAUCGUAAAAGCUUCUCAAUCUGGGGCUGCAUUGUGCAACUACAUUGGCAGUUUUCUGUUUCACGAUUCCCCUGAGAAAAAAUCAACGGGUAAGAAAUCCGUUUCUCAACCGUUCGGAUGUGCCUAAGCUCUAAAUUAAUGUGCAGACCGCGCCAACAUUCCUGAAACUAAUUAAAUGUCGGUUUUGUGAUUCAUUCCAUGUUUUUAAUUGAACAAUUUGAGUGCCUUGGAGAAAUCGUCAACCGCUUCAGUUUCUGUCAUUCUCAAAUGACCUUGAAAAUUGUAAUUGAUUUGAUGGAUACUUUCAAAAUGAUCAUUUGAACUCGUCAAUGACGUCAGUCGUACGUCUCUAUAAGGUGAUUUAUACUUUUACAUAAAAAUGCAAGGUCGUUUGCAAAAUAUAUUUUUUUGAAUAAUAAACGCAUGUUUUAACUACAAUUGCCCUUUCCAGGCCAUCCGCUAAACGGCAGAGGUAUUAGCUAAUUAACACAUUCAUCCGCGAUAAAGUACCAUAACGGAAGCUUAAAAUUACCAGUUGAUUAGUUUUACGAACAUUCAGUUUCAAUCCAAUUAGAAAAGUCCCUAUUUUAUUCUAAAUAUUUAAAACAAAUUUGGUUACAGUGCUGUUGACACAGCAGUGAUUUUUUUUAUCCGCAAACUUAUCAUCUCGAAAAAAAUCCCUACUCAUUUGAUAAUGACAUAGACACUUGUGAUAGAAAAAAGCUCCACAGCUCGUUUAAACAUUGAUUAUCACUUUUUUUCGUCAAAGUAAUUUUCACAUUUCAAAAAGAGAUGAAAAAAACGAAAACAACCGAUUUGAAUUAUAUAAACAUGCUACAUGUAUCUACAAUAAAGACGAUCUGUGAGUCACACAGAACAUUGGUUAACAGCGAACUAUUUAUAAAAUAACGAAAGGAACCAACUACAACAACGUCCCAGAAUAAUAAACCCUUGUACUUCCGGUUUCAAGAUUGUCUCAAUAAGGUUACUGUUAAAUAACUCCAGUGUUUUGUGAUUGAGAAAUAUAUGCACAAUAAGCUGAUAUCAUACCGUAAACGGUUAACGACCAUAACGUUCGAACUGUAGCAUUAACUCUGCCGACUCUACUUUCAGUUGAAAAGCACGAGAGAGAAUAUUUGUUUACAAAUGGCAUUUACAUCUGUGCUCCUUGAAUUAUUGAUUUAAAGUUGUUCUGGGUCAUACAAAUGAGCUAACCUCCCAUAGAACUUAAACAUGGUACGAGAACAGAGUGCGUGUACGCUGUUAGGGCAAGUAAAACAUUCAUGUGAAGAUGGUCGUAGUACAUCCCCCAUCAAUAAUUCAUGAACAGUUUUCUUAUUUCUUAGUGACAUCAUCCCCGUCUCACACAGUUUCCCACAGUAAUUGUUUAAUAACCGCACAGUAAACAGGGAUGAUUGUAAACAGGAAAUGUUCCAGUCUCUCCCUAAAACCAGGGUAGUCUCCUAUACAUCUGUGUUUACUGUCACUCACAGACUCGCAGAUGUAGUGAUCUAAAGAAAUCCAUCACGUAUGUCUAGUAAGUUAUCCUUGGUAUUAUCUAGUGACAUUUAUCUUCAUGAAAUGAUUGAAUUUGCAUUCCAACACUCCGAUAUAUUACCGUAAUUAACACACAAAACUUUAUUUAUAAACUCGAAAUACUUUCCAGAUGAGUCAAUUACACGUGAUUCCCAGAAGCCGUGAGCAGUGGUCAUAUUUCAUUUUUCUAACCGAUUCCCUAUCUUGCCACUUUCAGUUGGAUAACGAGGCUCACCUGUUUUAAGUUUAUAUUUUUAUGUUAAAACGGGGAGGGAGCAUACCAAACGUAUCGACUGAAACACCUGUUCUACACCGUAUGAAUGAUUUAAUGGGGGUUUCUGUAUAAGGUGUUUGUAGUUUACACCGUAUGAAUGAUUUAAUGGGGGUUUCUGUAUAAGGUGUUUGUAGUUUACACCGUAUGAAUGAUUUAAUGGGGGUUUCUGUAUAAGGUGUUUGUAGUUUACACCGUAUGAAUGAUUUAAUGGGGGUUUCUGUAUAAGGUGUUUGUAGUUUACACCGUAUGAAUGAUUUAAUGGGGGUUUCUGUAUAAGGUGGUUGUAGUUUAAUUGGAACAAAGAAACAGAUCAAUAUUUGAAUCAAAAACUGAACAGUUAUCUCUUCAUCGAGUGCGCAGAAUAAAAUCUUUUUGUGACACGAAGCAGUUCGUCAGUAGGGAACAAAAAUCAAUUCAUUUUAUAGACGGAACGUUUUCCUAAGCUAUAGUGAUAUCUCAUUGGACACAAUGAUAUUAACAUCACUGUUCAGAUUCCAAUUAAAUAAGAUGAACACAAAUGGAUAUGUUUUCGUUUACUGCUACAACACCGAGGCACGUAGGACUAAAAUAGAAACAUCACGGGCGUUACUAAUAUAUAUAAGUGCAAGCAGAUCAAUAACAAGAAAAACAUUCUUGAAUUUGUGCUCAUUUCUUUUUCAUAAAAACCCAGAAUGUCGAAUUUCAAUCAAUUUUAUCAGCAGUGUUUUUCCCCCAAUCAUCGCCCGACGAGGUUUCGGAAUACUCUGUUUGUAAGAUACAUUAUUGUAUACAAACUUUUCCAAUAAAAUGUUUCCAAAAUUGUGAUAAGGAAAGAUAUAUUUGUACUGAGAAUUGAAAUCCCCCUUUUUCCUGACAGAAAUGAGCCUAUUUUACUGUUCCUACAUGUAUACUACCACGGACCUAGUUUCCGUGUAAUACUGAUGUCUAAGGAACGGUUAUCGAGGGGCUGAUGACUAAACGGUUCAUUAGGUCACGGCACGGCACGGCUCCACAAGUCCAGAUCGAUAUUUACAAUGCAGACAGAACGCCACCAGUUUUAUACAUCUCAUUAUACGCUACUGCAGUGGUCAGUGAUCAUGAGGGUUGCUGAUGUUGAGGUGUACAGCGCCAUGACGAUUGGAUGAGAGAGUAUUUUAUAAGUGAAAAGUGUGUCGUGCUAAUGGGUGCCUUGUAAAAGUAUAAUUAUUUCCAGUCAUAUUUGUUCAAAGUUUAAACGAUGAUUUAAAUCUUGAUUUACGAGUUUACUGGAAGCGUAUCAUAUUUGUCUCCCUUUCAAGAACUGUUAACAGGUGUGUCAGAGUUAUCUUUCUUGUGUAAAGCCCCGCUGCAUUGCCAAUAGUUAAGUUUUAAAUCAUUUUAGCUUGUAUAUGUUGCUAUGCAAUUAUCAUCUGCGAAUUAAAAUUGUUUAUCUAUUAAAA